AUGUGGGGUUCUUCCUCUUGGCAGGGCGCCGGAAAAGGCAAAGGGAAGCAGUACACCACCGGAUGGGAGUCGGCUUGGAGCGCGGCGGACAAGGGCCAAGACAAAGGAUGGGGAAGCAAAGGCUACGCCGCUCCCGCCGACAAGGGUUGGAGCAAGGGCAAAGAAGGCGCCGGCUGGCAGGCGUCGCCGUGGACCGAAAGCAGUUGGGCAGGACAGAUACACGAUUCGGAGAAGGGCAAGGGCAAGACCAAAGACUACGUCACGCGGCUGUCCGGCCGCUACGCCUUCUCCAAGGCGAUUCUACGCCCCUAUGCUGACGAGAAUGGCAAUGCCGUCUACACCGCCGGACCGUCGACGGUCGCCAAGAACACCUUCGACAAAGAGCAACUCCGUCAAGGACUGGAUUGGCGCAACUCCGAGUUGGUGCGACGUCCGGCCGUCGGCUUGACGACCAUUUCGGGCUCCAUGAGAAUGCUCAAGAUGUCCCUGGAGGCCAUCCCCGAUGACAUCCGUGGAACACCCGCCGCAGACGCCAUCAGACAACUCGGGAAGCUGUUGGAGGAUGCGAAGGGGAGAGACUUCCUUACCGCGUGUGAAGUGCUUACCAAAGAGCGCACUGGCAACGUGCCAGCGGACAAGCUGGCAACCGCGGUAGACAUGUGGCUCAAAUGGUUUCGCGAAAACAAAGCCUUUCUCGCGACAAGCUUGCCGGAGAUCGUCAUCUUCGCGAGCUCCCUCUACCUGGGCAGCAUGCAAGCGUUGGAGGCGGAAUGGCAGCGAACUCCCAAAGACCUCACGAAGCUCAACGCGUUCAUUCUCGCGGCAAUGGAGCAGAGACGCACCGAAAGUGCGGCAUGGCAUCGACAGAGCGGAUUGGGAGGAGACAGCGACGAAGAAGGCAACAUGGCAGCGAGGGGGGGCCCUGGAGUCAACAAAUCCGAGGCUGCGAAGAAGCACAAGAAGCGCGAAAAGACCGAUUCCUCGUCGUCUUCCAGCGAGUCCUCCCGCAAGAAACGCAAGCGCGAGAAGAAGGCCAAGAAAGAAAAGAAGUCCAAAAAGGCGCGAAAGGAGGAAAAGAAGGCCAAGGAUGACGAGAAGGACCCCGGCAUCAUGGGCAAUCUCAACGAU